AUGACGGACGAGGGCCUGCGGCGGCGGCGCAAGCCCCUGGACUACCUGCCGGAGCCGAAGCUGCGGGACGCCGACAUCGCGCGGCGCAUGUUCCUCGUCGGGUCCUGCCUGCUGCCCGUCAUCUGGCUCGUCUGCGUGGCCCGCUUCUGGCGGGCCCUCGCGGCCGCGCCGUCGGGCGCGGAGGCCGAGGAGCUGCGGACCUGGGUCCUCCGGUCCGCCGUCGGCCUCGCGUGCGCCGUCGCCAUUUUCACGGCGUGGACGAUCAUCUUCCAGACCAAGUACGAGGCCUGGGGCCUGGAGUUCCUGCUCGUGACCUGA